GUUUUGAUAAGUGGUGACUCAAUAAAGUGGCCGAAUGGACUUGCGUUGGACAUCUUAGAGCAACGUGUGUAUUGGGCGGAUGCAAAAGUGAAACUGAUAAUGUCGUGUGAUUAUUGGGGUGAGAACACUCGUCUGGUGAUAAGGUCACAUCAACGGCUCAAACAUCCGUUCUCGUUGACGGUCUUCGAGGAACGUUUGUAUUGGACGGAUUGGGAUCAUGAGGGCGUUCUGACCGCUAAUAAAUUCACUGGUAAUGACUUCAAAACAGUGAGUUUUAUUAAUUGUUUCAGUUUGAAUAUUAUGUGA